AUGACUUCCCUCGUCCGACUCCGCCGAACGCAACUCGCCAAAUACAUGCGACUCGCAGGCGGCCUCAACCAAACCCAGCUCGCCGAAAAAAUGGGUGUUUCCGGAUCCACGGUGUACCGCGUCCUCGAAGGCCGCAUGGAACCGGGGAGCCGUUUCAUCGCAGGGCUGCUCAACACUUUCCCGGACCUCGACUUCGACGAUCUGUUCGAGUGCGUCUCCGAGAUGGCGGGCGACGCGAGAGCUCGCUUGGAGGAUCUGUUGGAGUUCCAUGGCGGUAGCCCGAUGUGGCGGUACAUGUGGCAUCACUCGUGCGAGCCGUUGUUGCAGUUGCAUGUUGUGACUGCGACGUUGCCUGAUGGGUUGAAUCAUCCGGACGCGGACAAGGGUGCGGCGUUGAAGCGCAUCACGGUUUCGGAUGCUGACUAUCUGGCGGCGUUGGUGUCGUUGGGGGACAAGCUUCCCGAACCGCUUGCUCCUGGCACGGCGGAGUGGUGGACGAAGUACUCGGCGUCGAAGGUCGCGGCGAUCGUGGGUUUGUCGAAGUGGGACACCCCUCGCAGCAUCUAUGACGCGAUGAAGGGCAUCGUUCCGCUGCAACCGCAAACGGAUGUGCAGGGCCGCGGGCAUGAGUUCGAACCGCUGAUCCGCGGAUGGUUUCAGGACAUGCACCCGGAUUGGUCGGUGGAGGAGACCUCGACGUGGCAGCACUCGAUUCGGGAGUGGCAGACGGCGGACCCUGACGGCAUCGUCACGAUCAGCACUGUUGUCGACGGUGUUGAGGUUGUCGAGACCGAGUUGUUGGAGAUCAAGACUGCGGAUGACAUCCACCAGUGGGGUGAUCAGGUCCCGAUGCACUAUCUGGUGCAGGUGAUGUGGCAGAUGGAUGUGAUUGGCGCUCGCCGAACGCAUCUCGCGGCGUGCGGUCCGUUCGAACUGUUCCAUCGCCGCCCGAAGGUGUUCGUCAUCGACUAUGACGACCGCGAUGCUGCGGUCUUGCGGGAACGGGUGUUGGCGUUCGAUCAGCAGUUGCAGGCAGGUAUCCAGCCGGCGGCGGAUCAUUCGCGUGAUUGUGAUCGGUUGUCGGUUCGGUAUGCGAAUACGUCGAUUGCUGAUGAUCCGGGUGUGGAUGUUCCGGCGGAGAUCGCGGUUCCGUAUUUGGAGGCGUUUGCGGCGGAAUCUGCUGUGGCGCUGGAGAAGAAGCGGACCGGGUCGGUUCUCCUCGAAUACUUGGGUUCGUCGAAGAAGGCGACGUUCAACGGUCACACGAUCGCGUCGCGUGUGAAUAGCAAGGGCAGCAGCAUGACCGAGAUCGCAGUGCACAGCAACGACACGCUGGCAAUCAGUUCCGAGCAGACAGAGUUCACCGGCAAGCAGGUCGCCGCGCUCAAGCAGAUCGGGGUCGACAAGGCCACCGAGGGUGACUUGAUGGUGUUCUUCCACCAGUGCCAGCGCACCGGCUUGGAUCCGUUUGCGCGCCAGAUCUACAUGAUCGGCCGCAACUCGAAGGAAUGGGAUCCGCAGACCCGGAAGGAGUCGUGGACGACGAAGUACACCAUUCAGACGGGCAUCGACGGGUUUCGUUUGAUCGCUCGCCGUGCAGUAAACAACGCUCGCGGAACAUUCGGAUACGAAGACACUCUGUGGUGCGGCGAGGACGGUCAGUGGACUGAUGUGUGGCUUCGGUCCGGCCCUCCGAGCGCUGCGAAGGUCACGGUCGUUCGAGAUGGCAGUCGCUAUCCGGCCGUCGCUCUGAUGUCGGAGUACGUCGGAACGGACAAGAACGGAAACGCCACGAAGAUGUGGCGUGAGAAGGGCGCGCUGAUGCUCGCCAAGUGCGCUGAAGCGUUGGCUCUGCGUAAAGCGUUCCCGCAGGAUCUGUCUGGUCUGUACACGUCGGACGAGAUGCAGCAGGCGAAUGUGAUUACAGAGGAUGCGUUCGAUCGCGGAGACGUUGGGGAGUCGGUGACCGUCGAUGUCGAGUCACUGGUGAAGGCGAUCGAGAAGGCGGAGACGAAGGACGUGCUGCGCGAGCUAUGGACGCAGACCGCGACGUUGCCGGCGCAGGAGAAGGACGACAUUCAGGCGUUGAUCAUGGGGCGCAUUCAGGGGAUGUCGGAGGCGGAGGCUGCGGACGAGGCAGCUGCGGAGCCUGAGCAGUUGCCGUUGGAUGCUGAGCCUGUUGACGCGGAGACCGUGGAAGAGCAGGUGGCGUCUGGUCCGGUGCCGGGUUGGUCGCAGCACGAGUCGUGGUGCGGGCAGCGUGAGGACCGUGGUGGCCCGUACAACCGUUGCAUGAGCAAGCCAAUGACGCUUGAGCAGUACAAGGCGCAGGUUGAUGCCAAAUACGCCAACGUCCGCAAAAUCCAAGAGCAGCACGAGCGCGACGAGCAGGAGCGCAAACGGAAAGACCAUUGGCUUCUAGUCAAUGCGGCUGGCGCUGUCGAUGGGGUGACAGUCCGAUGGGGAUGCAGCUCUGCAAUUGAGGCAUUCGAGUUCUUCUUUCCCGACAAGAAAGAGCGCCAUCGUAAGGCUGCCGAAGGUUGGCGCAUUGAGACCGACGAUGCAGAUGGAAGUCGUUGGGCCGCAGCCUGUGCACACGCGGCGGCGCGACCA